GAGGCCGAGGCAGGUGGGCACCGCUGGCGCGGAGAGGGACGCGUGUCUUCGCUGCGGCCGGAGAAAGUUCUGCUCCUCGGGAGAAGCGCGGGGCGGCUCUAGGCUCCGCGCGGACUGUCGGCGUCCCCGCGCGCGGGCCCUCCGUGGGGACCCGGGUCGCGCAGCCCGCGCCCCUGGCUCAGCACGAGGCCCCCGGGGCGGGGGCGGGACCGGGUCGGGCAGGCGAUAGCGAGCCGGACCCCGUCCCGCGCCCAGGCCCCGCCACGCGCGCCCAUGGAUGCUCCGCGCCCAUUGCCGAGGGCGGAUCCCGCGCUGGGACCCCGGAGCCGCCACGCACACCCGGACGCUCGGCCGGAGCUGCGGGGGGUGCGCGCCGGGCGCAGCCGCGCGCCAUGAUGAAGACGCUGAGCAGUGGAAACUGUGCCCUGAGCGUGCCGGCCAAGAACUCCUACCGCAUGGUGGUGCUGGGUGCCUCGCGUGUGGGCAAGAGCGCCAUUGUCUCACGUUUCCUCAACGGCCGCUUUGAGGACCAGUACACGCCCACCAUUGAGGACUUCCACCGCAAGGUGUACAACAUCCGUGGCGACAUGUACCAGCUGGACAUCCUGGACACCUCCGGCAACCACCCUUUCCCCGCCAUGCGCCGGCUGUCCAUUCUCACAGGCGAUGUCUUCAUCCUGGUGUUCAGCCUGGAUAGCCGCGAGUCCUUUGAUGAGGUCAAGCGGCUGCAAAAGCAGAUCCUGGAGGUCAAGUCCUGCCUGAAGAACAGGACCAAGGAGGCUGCAGAGCUGCCCAUGGUGAUCUGCGGCAAUAAGAGCGACCACGGGGAGCCAUGCCGCCAAGUGCCCAGCACCGAGGCUGAGCUGCUAGUGUCAGGCGAUGAGCACUGCGCCUACUUUGAGGUGUCAGCCAAGAAGAACACCAACGUGGACGAGAUGUUCUACGUGCUCUUCAGCAUGGCCAAGCUGCCACACGAGAUGAGCCCUGCACUGCACCGCAAGAUCUCUGUGCAGUAUGGCGAUGCCUUCCACACCCGGCCCUUGUGCAUGCGGCGUGGCAAGGACGUGGAUGCCUAUGGCAUGGUCUCGCCCUUUGCCCGGCGGCCCAGUGUCAACAGUGACCUCAAGUACAUCAAGGCCAAGGUCCUGCGGGAGGGCCAGGCCCGUGAGAGGGACAAGUGCACUGUCCAGUGAGCUGGGCAUGCGGAGGACAAGGGGACUGAGGCAGCACCUUAGGGAGGUGGCCUAGGUUGCCCCCUCACUGCCCAUGUUUCCUGCCAGGAGCCCAAUGUGGGCCCUUGGCACAGCUGGGAGGCCCCCUGACGCACUAAGAUCUUUGAGUUAUGCCUUCCUGCUUGCCCCCCAAGUCCUUUCACCUCUGCCGUCUCCUGACCUCAACUUCCCCAGGACAAUGUGUCUCUGAGCACAGGGGACAGUGGGGAGAUUCAGGGACCAAGCUGGUGGCAUCUCUUGCCAGCAGUGCAGCUUUUGGAACAAGUUGCUGGACAGGUCACGAGUGCUCUCCCUGAGUGGGGUUGGCAUGGUGGGUACAUAUGGGGACCCUACCCUGCUCUGCAGUGCCCACUCUGGGUUCUGUUUUGUCCACCCAGUGGCCUGUCUACUCCUCGGCUCUGCCCGUAAUGCAGCUUCCCGGCCUCCCCCUAGCUUCCUCUACUCCAUGGAGGCGCCAAGUGUUUGCUACUGUGCCUCAUCUUGAGGGCAGUGGACAUGGUGGCCCCUGGCCCGUACACUGUGGUGCAGACCUGGCAUCUUGGCCAGUGAUUGCUCCCUCCUGUCCAGAUAGCACCUGCCGCUGCCUUCCACUGAGCCCUACACUGAGCCAGUCUGUCCCUUCAGUCGGCACAGGACAGAGCUCUGUGAGAGCCAGGCUGCCCGUAGUGUCCAUCCUCAUGCAUUUACUGAGUGCCACCAUGUGCUAAGAAAUGAGUGAGGCGCACGUCCCACCAGCACCCUCUGUGCAUGACUGUCAGAAGGAGUGGUGGUGGCUGGGCUGUGCCAGGCAAGUGUGGGCACCACAUGCCUGCCCUGGUAGCUCUGUGCCUACAGUCCAUAUCAGUCUGAACUGCCACAGCUCUUGUCAAGAGACCUUAGAGAUGCAGGGCUUAGGAUUUCAAGAAGCCACGACCUCAUCUCCAGAGUGUUUCUAAGGCCGAGAGCUGAGCCAUGGCCUGGCUCCCUCUGCAGCCUGUAAGAGGCAAAGCAGGGCAGCCCUGCUGGGGAGGUGCCCUUAUCCUGUCGCUCUGUACCCUGCCCCUGUUCCAAGCAGUGAUGAGGCCCUGACAUCCAGUGUACACACACGGAUACACAGGCGACUGUCUGGCUCAGCCAGCUCUCCGCACCUGGACUCCGCCCACUGCUUACCACCCCAGACCCUACCUUCUGUCUGUCUGCUCCCUGUGUGGACCCUCAGAACAGACUAGGGGCUUUGUCCAGGUGGGUGGCAGUUUGCUUUUCUCUGCCCCCUGCCUGGCACCCUGAUCUCUGUACACGUGCAUUAAAGUGGGUUUGUAUGCA